CUGGAGUACUCAACUGAGCAGUUGAUGCCCGACAGCUUCACCUCGCUGCGCGCCAUGGUUUGCAUGUGUCCAGACAGGCCUCGCCAGCGAGUUCUCAGUGAUGGAACGGUUUACGUGGCAUUCCUUGCGGUCGGCACCUCUUGCGGCUGGUUCGUGAUCAACGGUCUCUUCAACCUCAUUGCAAACGAGCCAGAGGUGUCUCAAGGAGGAAAGAUGAUGGGGGAAGUCACGCUUGUUGGAUCCAUCGUGAGCCUUCUUCUGUGCGGUUGCUACGUCCUCUGGAUGAUAACCUUCGGCAAGCCCGCGCGGCGCACAGAGCAACGGUGGAGCUCCGGGCUGAUCGUUCUUGGCGUGAUCAGCUUUGCAAUGCUGGCCAUGGGUUGGGACGUUGGCCCGCCGAGCUAUCCGAUGGUCUUGGCGACUGCAGUGACCGGAUCGAUUGUGGGCAAUGCCUCCAUACUGAUGCUUUUCCCGCUGAUUUCCACCUACUAUGGCGGCUGGCUUGUAGCGCCAGUGCGAGCGGGGACUGACAUUUCGAGUAUGUUCACCGCCUUCUUGGCGCAACUGCAGAGCCCGGAUGGUGAGACACACACCUUUCCCACGUGUCUGCUUUUCGUUUUCUACACCAUGAUCAGCUGCCUGGGACUGGUUGCCUGGACGGUGAUCCUCCGGAAGGGCAUCGGCCUCAGGGAGAAGGAGACGCCGACAAAAAGCCUGGACGCUCCCAGAAUGGAUGUGGAGCCCGACGCCCGCAGACCCCCUCCCCAAGGCCUUUUCCGUGCACCCGGAUCCCCCCGGCAGAUGUUGUCGAUGAGGAGACCACCUCGACGACUGCCUCUGAGUCAAGCACCAGAGGGGAGGAUGCGCGGGACACGCCGCAGAGCUUCUGCAUGGCGCAGUUGUCGAGCCUCCAGUGCCCGCGCCAACUCAUCCUCCCUGUGGUGCUUGCCACGCUCACGCAGAUCACGCAGUGCCUGA